AUGCCCAUCACUAACGGCUCAAAGACGUAUAAAACGCCUCGUCGUGCCUUUGGUGCCGAGCGUCUAAAUCAAGAACUCAAACUAGCUGGUGAAUACGGUCUACGAAACAAGCGUGAAAUCUGGCGUAUCGGAUACACCCUAUCAAACAUCCGUCGUGCUGCCCGUGAACUAUUGACUCUGCCUGACAAGGACCCUCGUCGUCUCUUUGAAGGAAAUGCUCUGAUUCGUCGUCUCAUUCGUAUUGGUGUCCUCGACGAAACAAAGGCCAGACUCGAUUACGUCCUGGGUCUAAAGAUUGAAGACUUUUUGGAACGUCGUCUGCAAACUCAGGUCUUUAAGCUGGGUUUGGCUAAGUCUAUCCAUCAUGCUCGUGUGCUUAUUCGUCAACGACACAUCCGAGUCGGCAACCAAAUCGUCAACAUCCCAUCAUUUGUUGUUCGUUUGGAUUCUCAAAAACACAUUGACUUCUCAUUGACUUCACCUUAUGGUGGUGGACGACCUGGUCGAACAAAGAGAAAGCGUGCAAAGGCCGCUGAAAAGGGUGAAGACGAAGCAGCUGAGGACGAGGAAUAA